AUGAACAGUUUCACCAAAUUUCUUGCUUUUGCCGCAUUUUUCUCGGCUUUCUUGAGUCUUUCACAUGGAGCUCUCUUCUGUACAAGCUCUGUUGGACCCUGCCUCUCGGGUGCUUGUCCUGGAUCGAAUUCGGUGUGUGUCGGUCCAACUUCGAAUCCCGUUUGUUGCAAUGCCUCAAACAUCUAUGCUUCAUCAUCUUCAACCACAAGUACAACGACGAGCACUUGCUAUGAUUUGUUGAACCCGGUGACUGGAGUGUCAGAUUGUCCAAGAAGAGCCUUCUUGUGUGCUGAUUCAACAUAUUACAAUGUAAUGAUUGUUCAAUGUCCUCUCACUUGUGGCUUCUGUGGUGGAUCGACAUCUUAUUAUUACAAUUCAACUUGUACUGAUUCAACCAAUGCCUACAGUGGAAUUUCUGACUGUGCUUCAUUGAGAUAUUUAUGCUAUAAUUCGGUCUAUUCGACUCUCAUGCAAUCUCAAUGUUGCCAAACGUGUCUCACCUAUGGAAAGAAGAAA